AUGAAUAAUAAUGAAACAAUUAAUAAUAAUAAUAAUAAUACACCAUAUUUAGCUAAUAUGAAUGAAAAUAAUUCAGAUUCUGGUGAUUCUCAUGAUUCUUCAGAUCACAAUGAAAUUAAAAAAAGAAAUAGAAUAUCAUUUGUUUGUCAAACCUGUAGAAAAUCAAAGACAAAAUGUGAUCGUGAAAAGCCUGAAUGUAGUAGAUGUAAAAAAAUGGGUAUUAAAUGUAUAUAUGAUGUUUCAAAACAAAUUCCACCAAGGAUACCAAGUAAAGAUGCAACCAUUUCAAGAUUACAAAAAGAUGUUAAUUAUUGGAAAAAUAAAGCAAUGAGAUUAAUGAAUGAACAAGGAAUUGAUAGUACAGAUCAAAUUGAUAAAGAAUUAUUAAAUGAUACUACUAAUAAUAACAGGAAAAGAUCAUUAUCAAUACCAAUAGAUUCAAAUGUUAAAAGAUCAAAUUCAAAAAAAUUAAAAGAUAUUCAAAUUAAUCUUUAUAAAAAUCAUUCAACUUUAAUUUUUAGUAAAGUUAUGAAACAAGAUGUUAAGCCAUUAUCUGAAAAUUUUGUUAUUAUUCAAGAUAAAUUUGUUUCAUCUUUAAUUGCAUCAGUUUUUAUUCAUCCAUCAAGAAAUUCAAUGAUUCCCGCUUUAACAGCAAAUGCAAAUAUUUCAAGAGCUCAACCGAGUGUACGUAGUAAUAUUGUUAAAUUAAAAGAAAUUUUAAUGAAUAAAUAUAAAGAUCCAUUUCAAAGAUCAAAAAUUAAUGAAUUUACUGAUAGAAUCUUACAAAGUGCAAAUUCUUCAAGAAAUUUAAAAAUUGGUAUGAUUUUAUCAAUGCUUUACAAUACUGUCGGACAUGAAUAUCUUGAAGAUCAUUGUUUAAGACCAGGUGAAUAUUCUGAUCUUUUACAAAAUUUUAUAACAGAAUUUGAAAAAAUUUUACCACCAAAAGAAAUUGUUGAUAGAUAUAAAGCACAUUUUUAUGAAUAUGUUCAUCCAAAUUUACCAUUUUUAGAUAUUGAUAUGUUUGAAGAAACAAUAUCAGAAACUGUUACAAGAGAUCCAAAUGAUGAAACAAAAAUUAAAAUUAAUUUAGGUAAUACUCAUUUACGUUAUAAAUUAGAAAAUUUGAGUAUUUUAUUAGUAUUAAUAAAAUUAUCUUAUAUUUCUUAUAGUUUUUGUGAUGUUGAAGUUAAAGGGUUUCCAAGUCAAUAUUUGAGUAAUGAUAUUGUAAAUAGUUAUCCUGUGAGUAAUGAUGUCAUUUUAUUAGCUCAAAGAUGUUUAGCAUCUGAAAAUUGGUGUGCUUGUACAAAUGAAAACAUUAUUACAUGUUUACUUUAUAUUUGGUCAUUUUUUGCAUUUUCUCCAGAAGAAGGUGAUUUCUUUUUAGAACAUCCAACUGAUGUUAUUAGUAGUUUAAUUAUGAUGCUAUCAACAUCUAUUGGACUUCAUAGAGACCCAUAUGAUUUCCCACAAUUAAGAGAUCGAAGUUUAUCUGAUAAACGUAUAUUAAAUCAAAGAAGAUUAUUAUGGAUUUCUGUUGUUGGUAUUUGCUCAUUCGAAUCUACCUUAAAAGGUAGACAUCCAAUCCUAUCAAUGGAUCUAGUAUCCUCAUUUAUGGAUAUUAGAAGUCCCGACUUUCCAAAGACUUACCUUGAAAGAGUGAAAAAAGAUCUUGAUUAUGAUUUCCUUAGAAAAUGUACAAAUAAUAAUGAAGAAUUACUAAAGAAAAAAGUUCAUAGAAUUUUAUCUGUUCAUGAAUUCACAUUAAUAAGAGCACAAUUCUCGAUCCUUCUUUCAGAUUUAGAUAAUUUAACUUUAUCAUAUAAUAAUACAUUUUCUUUAGAAUGUAUUGAAUUAUCAAGAGAAAAAAUCGAAAAUUUCAUUGAAGAAAGUUUACCACUAAUCGAUUUUAGAGAAAUUUCAACAGAAACGAUAAAUAAAAAUGAAGAUAAUGAUAAGACCAAUAGUACUAAAAAUAAUAAUGAUAAUAAUAAUAAUAUUAAUAAUAAUAAUAAUAAUAAUAAUAAUAAUAAUAAUAAUAAUAAUAAUAAUAUGGAAUCUGAUCCAUUGCAUGUACCUACAACUAAGGAGGAACAAGAAAGGCAAUAUAUUGAAAAAUUAAAUUUUUAUUCUUUUAAAAACUCCAAUGCUUUACAAACAAGAUUAAUGAAUAUGCUAAUGAUGUUAAGAACCAGUGAAGCCGUUUUCUUACAUUUUGAGUUAAAAGUUGGUGAGGAUAAAGAAAAAUACUUCCCAUACUAUUAUGAAUAUCUAGUAAAAUCAUGUAGAGAUUCUCUAACCUUGAUUAAGAUGUUUAACGAUUUUUUCACUGAUAAAUACAAGCAUUAUUUAUUACCAUCAUCAUAUUAUAAUGUUAGAAAGAUUUUACAACUAGCCUUACCUACCACAAUUUUUAGUACCCUUGGGAUUAUCUUAAGAGUUAAUUUGGCAUGCAAUGAAUUAUACGCUAAAUGUCAAGAAAUGACAAAUACAAAAACUUUUUAUGAUACUGACCUAUUUAGAGAAUUGAACAGGAAAUUGGAAGUAAUUAGUAUUUUACAAAAAGAUUUGGAAAUGGCAAUUGAAUUUAUUUAUAUUUUUUCUUCUGAAAAUUUAAGAUUUAGAUAUUUUUCUGUUUUCAAAAUGUUCGCAUUAUUUGAUGUCAUUAUUCAAAGGAUGAGAAAAGGUGAAUUAUGGCAAGGGAUAUUGAAGUUACCAAAUGCUGACAAUUUACAUUCAAAAAUUGUAAAGACCCUUAGGAUGACUCUAGGUGUAGAAUUGAACAGAAAGCAACAACUAAUUCAAGAAUUGGAUAUGAGGAACCAUAUUGGAGAAAUUCCUUUAGACGAUUUGGUAGACUUAUGCAAGACUGUAAAAGAGAUAUUCAACGCAAUUCCAAGACCUCCUCAGGAAGAGUCUGAUGAUUCAACAAUCAAAGUUAAGAAAGAAGAUGAGGCGGGCUCAAUAAAUGAAGGUGUUUCUAAUGAAAAUAAGAUACCCAACUUUCAAAUUGGGAAGGAUAAAAAUGAUAUACCAACAGAAAGUUUGCAUGCAUCUUAUUCCAGAAUACCAACUUCGGAUAAUCUACAUAUGCUUUCCUCUGCAGCAAGUAUCUCUAAUAGUUUGAAUAUUGACCCAAGUACAUUUGAUCAAAAACGUACAAAUUUCAAUGAUACUUCAAGCAAUAAUGGUAUUGUUCAGAAUGGUACCAGUGCAGAAUUGAGCAAAGACAAGAAUGAAACCAAUUCACAAUCUACUAAUAGUCUUGCAAGUCAAUUUGUUCAAAGUACCAAAGGUCCUUCUGUGAAUGGAACAUACGAAUUUUCUGGUUUUCUGGGUGGCUUGGAUUUAUUCGAUUAUGACUUCUUAUUUGGAAGUGACAUAUCAUAG